UGGAGCUUAAAUUAAUUUCUUUGUGCAUUGAUGAUCUUUAUUUUAUUAGCUUGUGUUUUUGAAAAGUCACCUAUUGGGUAGCAGAGAUGCCAGUGAUGUUUGAAGGUGGUUAAAAUAAACCAGCCCAAUGGGGUGAGAGAGCAUCUGAAGGGAGGAUGGGGCAGGCAUUCUGCUUUUAUUUGGGAUUUUUGCUCUUCCUUGAGCAGAGGACGAGGCUGCUCCCAGCUGGGCAGUGUACUGAUGGCACUGCUGCUGCUCUGCUGCGAAUCCCAUGCUUUACCCUCCUGUAAGGGCAGUCUUCCCCCCAUUCCCCACUGCGUGGUGUGAGCCCCACAGAGCUGCUGAAGAAAAGCUGGUGCUUCUCUAUAGGGCCAGGCAAAAAAAUUCAUUAUUCAUUUAUUAAAAAAACACAAAACAACACCCAAACCAUCUGCUGAUGGAGGGGUCCUGGGGCCAAAACCUUCCUCCACUACCAGACCCUGGGGACAGCAGUGGGUGGCGUGUUGGUCCUCAGUUGGUCUGGGCUUUUUCUUCUUAAAAGAGAUAGAAUUAAAGCUCAGCUCGGGUGCUGUUCCCUCAGCUUGGUCAGUUUUCUCCCAAAGUUUUGUCUGGAGCCAUGCAGUGCUGUCCUCAAACAAAAGGUGACACUUUGCUGUCCCCAGGCAUUGAUCAGUCUGUGCUGGGAGCAGCCCCGAAUAUUGGAUUUGCCUGCAUGUAACCCAGGGGGUCCAGACUGGCAGGGAGCGUCAGUCGGCUCCUCUCCUUGUAAGGCAUGGUGGUUGUUUUUGUGGUUUGUGUGUUUGUUUGUUUGUUCCAUUCAAAUUCAUCCAAAAAGGUUCUUUUUCCCCAUUUGCAUUGUUCACCGAUUUCCUUAGAAACCUCAUUGGAACGCAGCUAUUAAAGCCCCUUUGGCACAAAGCAGUGGAGGUGAAGGAAAGGAGAAGGAAGCAUAGAAACCCAAAGGGAUUUCAACCGCUUCCUCCUAUCAAUCUGUCCCUUCCUGCUGCCAACACAAACACCUGUGGGCCCCGUCCCACACACAGUGACACUGGGGGACCCGCAGACCAAGCCAAUCCCAACACCCCACCCUAUGUUCUGUGGCUGUGGGUGCUUUGAAGAGCCCAGAGUGGCUCAAUAGACCAACCCAGCCCCAAAAUAUCCCACUGCUGAAGCGUCUUCCUGCUUGUUCUCUGUUUUUGGGGCUUUUCCCAUCCCCUUUUCCCACCUUUCUCUGUGGCACUGGGAGCUGGAGUGCUCCCUGUAAGGAGAAUUGAGCUGGUGGCACCCAUGGGGAGCAAUAGGAAAUGCAGAGCCCUGGUGGCAGCGGGUGCAGGGAGGGCAGCCGUGAGUGCUGAGCUCUUUGCUGGUGCCUCAGCACAGCCCGGGAGUUAAUCAUUAAAAUGUGCCUGUGUGUAACUACUCUCCACAGGACAACGAACUGAGAAGUUAUUUAACACCAUUUAAAUGGGUCAUAGCAGUCACUAUAAUAACUGUGCCUGGAGCCAAUGGGAGCCAUCAGGCUGCUAUAAAAGCGGGUGAGGAGGAGAAGCACUGAGCACCCAAAGGCUGGGUGCUGCCCUAUGGAGAGAUCCCAGCCCUUGUAGGGCUCUGCACCCACCCUCUGUGCUGACAUUGAAGGGCAGGGGUCUGGGGGCUGCUGCUGCUGCUAAUGGGAUCCGGAAUUUGAGUGGAAAAAGGUGAAACUCAGCAGCGUGGUGAGUGAGGAUGCUCGGCCGAGGGGAUGUGCAGGGUGUGAGCAUGGAGCACGUGUGGACCCUAACUUACUUUGGAUCAGGAUCUCCAUGGCACGUGAACUAGAAAGUAAUCUGCAAUAGAAGGUCUCUUAAUUUUGAAGCGACAUUCUUGAUCAAAAUGGUUGGAAAGCUCAAGCAGAACUUGCUGUUGGCGUGCCUGGUGAUCAGCUCAGUGACAGUGUUCUACUUGGGCCAACACGCCAUGGAGUGCCACCACCGCAUAGAGGAGCGCAGCCAGCCGGCGCGGCUGGAGGGCCUGAGAAGCACAGUGAGAACUGCCUCUAAUGGGAACCCCAAUAAAACCUUUGCUUACAACAAAGACAUGCCUUUAAUAUUUAUUGGAGGAGUACCUCGAAGUGGCACCACGUUAAUGCGUGCCAUGCUUGACGCUCAUCCGGAUAUUCGAUGUGGAGAGGAGACGAGGGUAAUCCCACGAAUUCUGGCAGUGAAGCAGAUGUGGGCCAGGUCAAGCAAAGAGAAGAUCCGGCUGGAUGAAGCUGGAGUCACAGAUGAGGUCCUGGACUCAGCCAUGCAAGCGUUUUUAUUGGAAAUCAUCGUGAAACAUGGGGAGCCUGCGCCUUAUUUGUGUAACAAAGACCCUUUUGCUCUAAAAUCCUUAACUUAUCUUGCUAGAAUUUUCCCCAAUGCCAAAUUUCUUCUAAUGGUACGGGAUGGUCGAGCAUCUGUACAUUCCAUGAUAUCUCGAAAAGUCACAAUAGCUGGGUUUGACCUCAACAGCUACAGAGACUGUUUGACCAAGUGGAAUCGUGCUAUAGAAACUAUGUAUAACCAGUGUAUGGAGGUUGGCUUUGAAAGAUGUAUGCUGGUACAUUAUGAACAGCUUGUAUUGCAUCCUGAAAGAUGGAUGAGAACUCUCUUAAAGUUCCUCCGCAUCCCGUGGAACCAAGCAGUGCUGCACCACGAAGAAAUGAUUGGAAAAGCCGGGGGUGUUUCUCUUUCCAAAGUUGAAAGAUCUACUGACCAAGUCAUCAAGCCAGUCAAUGUGGAAGCGCUGUCCAAGUGGGUUGGGAAGAUCCCUGCUGAUGUUCUGCAGGACAUGCCGGUGAUCGCGCCCAUGCUAGCAAAACUGGGCUAUGAUCCGUAUGCCAACCCACCAAACUAUGGGAAGCCAGAUCAGAAAGUUGUGGAAAACACCAGAAGGGUCUUUAAAGGUGAAUUUCAGCUUCCUGACUUCCUUAAAGAAGCUCCACAGCCAAAGAAGACAGUAGAAAGGAGGUCUCGUGGCAAGAUAAAAUGAACGUGGAUCAGUGAAGUCGGAUAGCUAUAGUACUGAACCCAUGGAAUAGAAGAUGCAAUGGAUAUUUCUUGCACAGAAGAAGAACACUGCUGCCUUCUCGAUGGAAGUGAUGUUACAAGGACUGUCCCACUGAGAUCAAUGAGGUGUACUGCUCAUGGCCUGCUUUUCUCACGGUUCUCUCCCCUUUACUUUCAUGCUCUCGUCUUUAUGUUCAAGGUUUUGUUGUUGUGAGCGCAUGCAAACCUGUUAAAAAAAAAAAUACUAAAAAAGUCACUGUUAAA